GCGCAGGCGCAAGCCUCGGAGCCCUUAAGUGACUUCUCGAGCCCGCCCGAGUCUCCGCCCCCGCCCCACCCCACCCCCAAGUUGGCGAGUUGGGCGGUCCCGCCGGCGUCUCCCGACUCGGUCGCUGGGCCGCACCAUGGCUUCGGCGGGGGUGGAGAAGCGGAAGCGGGUCAACCUGAGCGUGAAGCAGAAGCUGGAGCUGAUCGAGAAGCUGGAGUCGGGCUGGUCGGUGGCGCGGGUGUGCGAGGAGUACGGCGUGAAGAAGCAGACGGUGUCGGACAUCCGCAAAGCCAAGGAGAAGCUGAAGAAGUUCGUGCUGAUGUGCGACGUCGACUCGACCGGCACCGGCGCGGAGAUCGGGGCCAGGAAGCACAUGAAGAUGUCCCAGGAGGCCUCCCUGGAGGAAGCGGUGCUCAGGUGGUACGUGGAGCAGCGGGCCGGAGGAGCCAAGGUCCGCCGGGUCGACCUCAAGGCCGCCGCCAACGCUUUCGCGGCCGACAUGAAACUCAACUUCAAGGCCAGCGACGGCUGGAUCUGGCGCUUCUACAAGCGACACGGCAUCGACCACAAGCGAGCCCGCGCUGGGGAGGCCGCCGCCGGCGAGGACGAGGAAGGGAUGGAGCCGCUGGGCAGCGGCUUCUACAAGCGCUACAUCAUGUCACAGAUCAGAUCCAAGAGCAAAGAGGCGGCAGAGAAAGCAAUGAAAGAGAAAAAUUGUGCAGAUCCCCAGUGGAAGGGAGGACCAGAAAAUCCCACCAAUCCAGUUCAGCCUCUCUAUAUUUCAGAACCAAAAUUAGAAGAAACAGAUCUGGGAAAACUCCCUUGUGAAAUUCAGCCUCCCUCCCUUUCUGAGCAGCCAGGAUGGGGAGCGUCACAAAAAAGUAAAAGAGAGCCGUUCCGCGGGAUGGAAGAACGCUGGGAAGCCCAGUGGCAGCAGUUCCUCAAGACCCUGCAACCCGCCCACACAGGAGGAGACAAUCUAGGUUUUUCGGAGACUUCUCCUUGGGAAGAUACCAAGGCCUUUCUAGCGUCCUUUGAGCAGGUGGCCCAAGCCUGUCAGUGGCCUUCAGAACGGUGGGUGGCCCAUCUUCUACCAGCACUGAGUGGAGAAGCCGAAGAAGUCUUCCGAAGUCUGGAAGCUAGAGAUCGGGAGGACUAUGGGAAGGUGAAGGCCGCCAUUUUGCGAGGGGAAGCCCUGAAAAUGGAGGUGCAGCGCCAACAUUUUCGGCAGUUCUGCUGCCAGGAGGUGGAAGAUCCCCGAAGGCUCCAUAGCCAACUCCAGGAGCUUUGUCUCCAGUGGCUGAAGCCGGAGAGACAUACCAAGGAGCAGAUUCUGGAGCUGCUGAUUCUGGAGCAGUUCCUGGCUAGCCUCCCAUCGGAUCUCCAGAGCUGGAUCCGAGCAGGAGGAGCAGACACGUGUUCCCAGGCGGUGGCUCUCGUGGAGGACUUCCUGAGGAGCCAGCAGGAAGUCAAAUCAGAGUCAUAUGAGGGGCCAGGGCUGAUCCAGGAAGUGGCUGUGAGUUUUCUCACCUCUGAGCAGACGCCGUUAAUUCCCGCAGAGAGGCAGCUUGAUUGCAAGAUCAAGCAAGAGGAGGAGGAUGGGGGCAAUUCAGAAGCCGCUGAUGAGUGGAUCGCUGAGUUGAAAGAGGGGGAUGACACUGAGGCCGUGAAGCUCCAGGGGACCCCUUGGGACAGUCUCCCCAAGCCCCAGGAGGACAGAGACACCUCAGUGAUCCGCGAUGCUGUUUCGAAGCAGAAGAGAGAAGAUGGCUCAAGUCAGCCCAUGGUUGAAAUCUUUCCUCUGGCAGGAGAGGAGAGAAACCUAAGCCCACCGGUGAUCAAGAAACGGUAUCGGAUUCGGGGGAAGAAGACCUGUUCCGUCUGCAGCAAGACCUUCAGCCGGAGCACGGUGCUGGCCGCGCACCAGAGGACCCACACGGGGGAAAAGCCAUUCGUGUGCCAGAACUGUGGGAAGUGCUUCAGCUUCAAAUCGGCCCUGGUUGUGCACGAGAGGACCCACACGGGCGAGAGGCCCUAUUCGUGCAAUCGGUGCGGGAAAAGCUUCACCGUCAGCUGGGUCCUUACCAGGCACUACCGAGUCCAUGCUAAAAAAGACCAGAUGGGCUGCUUGGAGUGCGGGAAGAGCUUCACCCAAAAGUCUCAGCUGCUCAGUCACCAGAAAGUCCACGUCAGGGAGAAGCCCUUCCGAUGGACCCAGCCCGGGGAAGCCUUUGGUGGUUGCGCCAUGACCGUUAAGAGACAGGAAGUUUCCUGCUCCGGGGAGACAAAGCCCUUCAGAUGCCCGGAUUGUGAAAAGUCCUUCAACACAUCCUCCCAAUUGGACAGGCAUCACCGGGUGCACACGGGGGAGAGGCCCUUCACGUGCUCCGAGUGCGGGAAGAGCUUCAGGCAGUGGCAGAUUCUGAUGGUGCACAAGAGGAUUCACACGGGCGAGAAGCCCUUCAAAUGUGCCACCUGCGGGAAAUGCUUUUCUAACCAGGCCAGCCACAUCCGUCAUCGGAAAGUCCACACAGGGGAGAGGCCGCACCUCUGUGCCAUCUGCGGAAAACGGUUCCCCCAUCAUGCAGUUCUCGCGAAGCACCAGAAAAUCCACACCCGGGAAGCCUUAAACAGUCACAAGAAGGUGGUGGAGGAGAAAAAGGCGGAGGAGGAACGAGCGAAAGAAAUGUCACGAAGCUUGCAGUUGCGGCGCCGUCCGGGAGGGGUCGCCCGCGGGAGCGGCGGCGCCGCCGCCGGCCGCAGCCAAACGAGGGGCGGGGACAGGCGGGAGCAGCUGCAGCCUCGCAGCCCCGCCGGUCAACAGGGAGUCCCCAAGGCGCCCCGGGCUUCCCCGCCCCCCCCCAACCCCCCCACCGGGCGGAACCCAGACGGAGAUCGGCGGCCUCUUUGCACUUUGCGCGCAGGGGUUUUGGCGGGCCGGGGACAAUGGGGCUCCUCCGGGGCGCGGAGAAGAAAGGAGAAGAGCUCCAUCCUCUUGCAGUCCCGGGGCUGGAGGAUGCGCCGAUGCAAGGCCGCCGUCGAGCUCUCGCAUCCCGAAUAUAUCAAAAGAGAUCCAUUCAUUGGGAUGGAGGAGUGCUGGGACACACAGUGGGAGCCAUUUCUCGAGACACAACCCACCCCCCAAGCAGGCGGGAACUUGGAGGCUUCACCCUGGGAAGACCCCAAGGCCUUCCUGGCCUCCUUUGAGCAGGUGGCCACGGCCUGCCACUGGCCCAGAGGAGAGUGGGUGGCCCAACUCCUGCCAGCCCUUUAUGGAGAAGCUGAAGAGGCCUUUCAGAGCCUGGACACCAUUCAUCAAGAGGAUUAUGAGAACGUGAAGGUGGCCAUCUUGAGGGGAGAUGCUGUGAAAAGCGAGGUCCAGCGUCAACGUUUCAGGCAGUUCUACUGCCAGGAAGUGGAGGACCCACGAAAGGUUCAAAGCCACCUCCAGGAGCUUUGCCACCAGUGGCUGAAGCCUGAGAGUCACACUAAGGAUCAAAUCCUGGAGCUCUUGAUCUUAGAGCAAUUCCUGGCCAGCCUCCCUCCAAAACUUCAGGACUGGGUUCAGUCAAAGAGGCCACAGACAAGUUCCCAGGCUGUGGCCUUGAUGGAGAACUUCCUUAGGAGCCAGCCAGAAGUCAAAUCCAAGCCGUGUCAGGGGCCAUUAAAAGGGAAGCAUGUGAUUUUCUCACAUGAAGAAGAGUCUGUGGAGACUGCAAAAACCAAACAUGGUGAGAGGAAGAUCAAUAAGGGAGGUUUUAGAGGGCAGCGGGCGGAGAAAAUGCUGAAAGAAGAAAAAGACGGAAGUCCAAAGUUAGAAGCGGAAACAGGAGGAGGAAAACUGCCCGUGGCAACUCAGUCUGAGUCCGAGCGACAACCGGAAUGGGCAGCAUUUCAGAAGAACAAAAAUGAUCCAUUUUGGGGGGUGGCAGAGAGCUGGGAAAGCCAGUGGCAGCAGUUCCUCCAGACAUCACAACCCCCUCCCGAUGGAUGGAAGAAUCCGAUGAUGUCAGAGGAUUCCCCCUGGGAAAACCCCCAGGCCUUCCUGCUCUCCUUUGAGCAAGUGGCCAAUGCUUGCCGCUGGCCUAGAGAAGAAUGGGCCACCCAGCUCUUCCCAGCCUUGAGUGGAGAAGCGGAAGAGGCCGUUGAAAACCUGGAAAUCCAAGAGCGAGAAGACUAUGGCAAAGUGAAGGCGGCCAUCUUGCGAGGGGAAGCCCUGAGGACGGAGAUGCAACGCCAGCAUUUUCGGCAGUUCUGCUGUCAGGAAGUGGGAGACCCCCGGAGGCUUUACGGCCAGCUCCACAAGCUGUGUCUCCAAUGGCUGAAGCCAGAGAGACACACCAAGGAGCAGAUCCUGGAACGGCUGAUCCUGGAGCAGUUCUUGGUCAGCCUUCCACCGGACCUCCGGAGCUGGAUCCGAGCGGGAAGGCCAGACACGUGUUCCCAGGCGGUGGCCCUGGUGGAAGACUUCCUAUCAAGUCUGCAAGAGGCCAAAUCCGGAUCCUGUCAGGAGCUGCUGAAGGAUGACCCUGUGGAUUUUGAUCCUGGAGAGGAAGAACUCUUGGAAACAAUGAAGAGGGAAAGAGUUGAAAUGGAGAUCAGUAUGUUGGGUAACGGAUGGGAAAGUGGAGUCAAGAUGGACGAUUCUUUGGGUGACGAUGAAAAGCCGGAGGCAACCUACAGGACAGACUCCACGAGACGCCCCGUGAAUCUGCCAUUAAACUCCAAGUCGAAAAAUCACACCCAGGAGACACCCAUGGAGGACGAGAAGGAACGCCUUCUGCUGGCAAAAAGAUUUUCUACUGCUGUUAUUGGAAAGACCACUUUAUCCAGCAAGGAUAAAACGCCUUUGUUCUCCAAGUAUGGUCGGAAGUAUCACUACAGAGUGGAACUUGACAUGAUAGAUUCCUCGGAGGACUUUGAAGAAUGGCCUAGCUCAGAGGACGAUCUCCAGUGUCUUUCCGACUUCGGCGGCAAGGAAGAAAAUAGAAGAAUUGAGAAAAACUGCAGGUUUUCUGGAAAGAGAAAUGGGAAUCAUUUCAACAGGUAUCAGUGCAGUUAUCUAGAAGAAGAAGAACACGACCAUUCGCUUGAGUACGUGAAAACCUUCAGUAAUGCAAACUCGCUAAAUAUAAUUCAGGCCCCUAAUGACGCUGAAAGGAAAGUGUAUGAAUGUUCUCAGUGCGAGAAACAAUUUGGUAAAUUUAGUCAAUGGAAUCAACAUCAGAAAAUCCACACCGGAGAAAAACCGUACAAAUGUUUCCAAUGUGGGAAGACUUUCAAUCAAGCGGGAAAUCUGAAGACCCACCAGAAAAUUCAUACCGGAGAGAGACCCUACGGAUGUUCCCAGUGUGGGAAAAGCUUCAAUCAGGCAGGGAAUCUGAAGACCCACCAGAAAAUCCACACCGGGGAGAGACCCUACAAAUGUCCUCAGUGUGGGAAAAGCUUCACCCGAGGGAUCCUUUUGAAGAUACACCAAAGGAUCCACACUGGAGAAACACCGUACAAAUGUUCCGAGUGCGGGAAAGGAUUCAAUGAGAUGCGGAACUUGAAAAGACACCAGAGAAUUCAUACCGGAGAGAAACCUCACAGAUGUUCCCAGUGUGGGAAAUGCUUCACCGAGGCGGAUGUGUUGAAAAUACAUCAAAGAACGCACACCGGAGAGAGGCCGUACAAGUGUUCGGAGUGUGGGAAAUGCUUCAAUAAAUCGGGAACUUUGAGGAGACAUCAAAGGAUUCAUACCGGAGAGAGACCCUACAAAUGCUCUCAGUGUGGGAAAGGUUUCAACCAGAUGGGAACUUUGAAAAAACACCAGAGGCUUCACCCAGGCGAGAAACACUACAAAUGUUCUCAAAUCCACGCGGCAAUUUAUAUCGGUGAGAAACCGCACAAGUGCUCCGACUGCGGAAAAUGUUUCCGACAGGCAGGACUGCUGAAGAGGCAUCAAAGAAUUCAUACCGGCGAAAGACCCUACCGAUGUUCUCAGUGUGGGAAAUGGUUCAAUCAAUCAGGAACUCUGAAGAGACACCAGAGAAUUCAUACCGGAGACAAACCACCCCACUUUCUUAGCGGUGGACAUACAUCGGUCAGGGAAGUGACUUGAAGAACUAUCUGGAAAUUCGUAUUUCAGGAAAAAGCCACAGAUGUAACUAAAACCUAGCAGGGAAAAUCUCCCAUAAUCGGAAUGUAGUAAUUGAAAGAUACAAUCCAUUGAAAACAAAAGAGUGGCAGUAGAAUAGAAGAAAGAGUUUUAGUGUAUGAUUGGGAUAAAGGCAGGGAGUUCUCGACUUGCAACCACAGUUGGGGUUGGAAUUUCAGUUGCUAAGUGAUGCGGUCAAUAAGCGAGUCACCACGGGACCAGAUCUGAUUUUACAACCGGUUGUUGUUGUUUUUAUCGUGAUUGCUAAGUAAAUCUGGCUGCCCCAAUUGACUUCACUUGUGGAAAGAUCACAAAUUGCAGUCAUGAGGUACUGCAACCAUCAGUUGUCGUGACUGAAUUAUGAUCGUGCGAUUGAGGGAUGGUCGUAAGUCACUUUUUCCAAAACCAUCGUAAGUUGGAACUGCCAUUAAAGGAAUGGCGAUCAGUCAAAGAUUACUUGUAAAAUCAAUAUAAAUAUUAUUGCCCUCCAUCUCUCACCCAAAUUAUGAAUUAUGUAGAUUAUGCUUUCUGAAAGCAGAGAGAGAUCUGAAAGAAAAUGUGGAGUCGAAUUCAACUUAUUGCUUUAGGAGCUUUUGAAAAGAAAACAGAGAAGGAUCAUUACAUACUUCAAAUCCAUUAAUGGAUGCCAUACAGAAUAAAGGGACUUGUCCUCUUUUGUCCCACUGAAUGCUGGGACAAAAACUCCAAAACAUUCCUUAGUAAUGACAGAUGGUUGAGCAUUUGGAUCAAUUUUGCAACGAGAUGAUGGGAUACUCCUCACCAGAGGUGUCCACCUAUCCAUGGACCCAUUUGGGAUGGCUGCAUGGAGCCAAGGUUGGACUUGAUGGUCUUAAUGACUCUCUCCAGCUCUGGUUCCAUGAUUCCUGACAGGACCAAAUGACGGUGAGUUUGGGUCCCAACUGUACCUAGUGGUUUGCCAUCUUUAAUUUUGGCCAUCAGAGCUGGUACAGCAUUGGGAGGUUCUUCUGGACUCACAACCUUCUGGACUCACCACUCCUGCUCAACGAGCAAGCGGCACAUGGCAAGGAGGGCCUUUGCAUAAAUAAGUCUUGUGCAUUAGCCACACUUUUUCCAACACUAUCGGGCCCUGCUCGCAGUCGGCCAUGCCUUACACGUCUCAAUUGGACUGUUGGCAAUGCACUCUAGUGGGGCUGCCCUUGAAGAGCAUUCAGAAGCUACAACUGAUCCAGUAGGGGUGCAUCACAAGAUACCCAGAUAAUAAUACUUCUACUACAUGAGCUCCCAAGAUCCUUCAGGGUGCUGGUCAUAACCUUUAAAGCCCUACAUGGGCCCAGUUUUUAUUUGCAGGACUGACUAUCCCUGCUCAUCGCCUAGUUCUGGCAAGUGGGCAUCUUCAGUUAAACAACCCUUCAGUUAAACAGUGUUUCCUGAUGGGGACACGGAAGCAUGCCUUUGUCCUAGCAACUGCCUUAUGGAACAGCCUCCGGCACCCUCAAGAUACAGAUGGUCAGUGUUGACCUUCAGGAAAGCUGUGAGGAUCUGGCUUUCCAUCCCAGGCGCUAGGACCAGGAUGUUGAUGGUGCCGGCAAGAUGUGGUUGAUUGAUUGAUGGAAGCAAGUUUUAUCUGAACCCCUGAUAUAGUUUUAAAUGCUUGUUUUGUUUUGAUCAUAUUGUGUUUUUUCGCUCUUGCAUGCCACCUAAAGUGUCUUUUCUAAUAGACGGGUGGCUAUGUAAGUUUGUUUAAGAAAUAAAACUUUUU